UUAGAGGAGCCGGGGUGAAGUUUGGGCAGCUGCACCCAUUUUGGACAGAUUGGAGAAAGACAGAAGCUGUUCAACAUGUGGAAAAAAAUAAUCUUUUAAAUAGUUUAAUUUUAAAUUAUUUUAGAUUCAUUUUAAGCAUUUAUUUAUUUAUUCCACUUUAUUUUUUUUUUGCUUUUAGGUGUGUGUCCUGUGUUUUUUACUUUUAAACAUUUUAGUUAUUUUUUUAGGUGAAAUAGUAAACGAUGGAGCUGGAGCAUUUAGGAGGUGGGGGGGUUAAAACUGAGAGGGGUGUCGGUCGUCUCUACAAGAUCGCUCUGGCCAUGUGUGUGUGCCUCUGCGCCGCUCUUCUGCUUGGUCUCAUACUGGUGUCCCAGAGAUCCAGUAAAGCGGAGUUUUGCCUUUCGCCAGAAUGUAUUGAAGCAGCGGGGUCCAUAUUGAGUAAACUAGACCGAACUGUCAACCCCUGCGAAGACUUCUACACGUUUUCUUGUGGCGGUUGGCUGAAGGAGAAUCCGAUUCCUGAAGAUUCGUCUUCACAUGGCAUCUACCCGUGGCUGAGGCAGCAUGUAGACAUAAAACUCAAAGAGUUGUUAGAGGCUCCUUCCCAUGCUAAAGAACUGGAGGCUGUGACCAAAGCUAAGAUCCUGUAUCGCUCCUGUAUGAAUGAAAAACGAGUUGUUUCAGUGCCCAUAGAGACACAGACGGCUUCAUUAAUCUUGUUCUGUCUCUUCAGGACGAUAGCCAACUACAUCCAGUGGAGGACAGUUUUUUCUAAGAUCACCACUCUGAGUCGUCGUUUCCUCUACAGAUACCUCGACUUUGCUCGGGUCAUAUCAGGAACUACCUCACUGACUCCACGCUGGGAUAAAUGUGUGAACUAUGUGGAGAACUCCCUGGUUUAUGCCACAGGGCGCCUUUUCGUCGAUGCGCACUUCCAGGAGGACAAGAAGCACAUGAUGGAAGAGCUUAUUGAGGGGAUUCGGUGGGCAUUCAUCGACAUGUUGGAGAAGGAAAAUGACUGGAUGGAUGAACAAACAAAACAGAGAGCCGUUGAAAAGGCUCACGCAGUACUGGCUAAGGUUGGCUACCCAGAGUUUAUUUUGAAUGAUACCUACCUCUCAGAAGAUAUAAAAGAGCUAGAGUUCAAUGAAAAGGAUUAUUAUGGUAACGUGAUGCAGACUCUGAAAAUGAUCGCCAAAUCUGACGUCUCCUGGCUUCGAAAAAGUGUCCCACGAACAGAAUGGUUUACAAACCCAACCACCGUGAAUGCCUUCUACAGUUCCUCCACAAAUCAAAUCAGAUUCCCAGCUGGAGAGCUUCAAAAGCCCUUUUUCUGGGGAAAAGAGUAUCCGAGAUCGUUAAGUUACGGUGCCAUUGGGGUGAUAGUUGGACAUGAGCUAACUCACGGCUUCGACAACAAUGGUCGCAAAUAUGACAAAAAUGGUAACCUGGACCAGUGGUGGAGUGAAUCAUCUGUAACUGCCUUUAACGAGAAGACUCAGUGUAUGAUUGAUCAAUAUAAUGACUACUACUGGGAGGAAGCCGGUCUAAAUGUGCGCGGUAAGAGGACCUUGGCAGAAAAUAUUGCAGACAACGGGGGAGUAAGAGAAGCUUUCAGGGCCUACAGGCGGUGGGUGGACAACAGCAGAGGCGGCGUGGAGGAGCCUCUGCUGCCAGGAGUUGAUCUGAAUAACAAUCAACUGUUCUUCUUGAGCUAUGCACACGUUAGAUGUAACUCCUACAGACCAGAAGCAGCCAGAGAGCAGAUCCAGAGUGGAGCUCACAGUCCUCCUAAAUACAGAGUUAUCGGAGCGAUGAGCAACUACGAGGAGUUUCGAAAAACGUUCAACUGUCCCCAGUCGUCGGUCAUGAACCGAGGAGCUCAGUCCUGCCGUGUAUGGUGACCUCUGACCUCAGUCUGAAGCCCUGAACCAGGAUCCAGCUGUCAUCUGAAAAGGGUGGUAAUAUUUGAGAGCAUUGCCAAAAUAGUUUUUAACAAUGAGGGGAACAGCAAGAAAGUAAGUUGAUUGUUCAGCUGAAAAAAAAAAAACUUGUUUAAUACAUGGAUGUUUGAGGUGCAAAUGGACAUAUUUUGGUACUGAAGCCAUUUUCUAACGUGAUAGUUUUUAUGUCUAAUAAAAGAAUGCAUCAAUCAUUAAAGGACAACAAUUAAGGUAUCCUACCAAAAAAUAUUUACAAAAAGUUUAAUAUUAUUAUUGUUAAAAAAAAAACUAUAUGUAGAUGUAAAUAUACAAUGUUAGCUUUUUUAAUUAAAAUGCAUAUUCUGGUUAUAACUGGAGGAGAAGGCUUAUGUUAAAUGACUAUAAACACUGUUAACCAAAAUUACUUUAUGUUUGAGCCUUAUUUUUUUUUCUGUACAUUUUAAUGUUUAAAAUCAACACUGAAACAA